GGGAAGCUUUCAGGGUUAAUGUGAACUAUGUUUCCAUGAUCUCUCUGCAUGCAUGAAGAUGGAAGAGUUUGGGGCAAAGAAGAAUGAGAAUCAAGCUUUGGAAACAGAUUUUGCAGAGAGACCAAUGUGGCUGAUGAAAUGCCCUUCUCUCAUCGCUUCUGCUCUCCAAUCUCUUCCUUCUACGGACGAUUCAUACCUUCCCGUCGCCAAAGUCAUCCUCUCCUUCGAUCCUCUAGCUGCCGUCGACGAAGAAGAAACCAAAUUCGUAAUGGAAUUAGCUAGGGCCGGAUCUGGAAACAUUCCAAAACGUUUUGGCUUGGAUAUGUCUAAGGAUUUCAUUCCCAUGUCUGUUUUCUCUGAGUCUUCUUCACAAGGGAAAAUGUCAGUAGAAGGGAAGAUUAAAAACAAAUUUCACAUGAGUCCUCGUACCGAAAACAUGGAGAGCUAUGGCAAACUUUGCCGUGAAAGGGCUACCAAGUCUAUGUGCAAAAACAAACAGAUCCAGGUCAUUGAUAACGCCACUGGAAUGUAUAUGUGGCCAACACCGGGAACUGUAGCCCCCACGGGAACCUUUGAAAAGAAGAAAGUGACAACCAAGACAACAGAAAUGAAGAGAACAAGAAGGGAUCGAAGAGAGAUGGAGGAGGUCAUGUUUAAUCUCUUUGAAAGACAAUCUCACUGGACUCUGAGGAACCUCAUUCAAGAUACAGACCAACCAGAGCAAUUCUUGAAAGAUUUGCUUAGAGACCUUUGCAUUUACAACAACAAAGGGAGCAACCAAGGAACAUAUGAGCUGAAGCCUGAGUACAAGAGAUCCACACAAGAAUAAGUAUUGGUCAAAAGGCUUUGUUCAGGUUUUGGAUGGUUAAACUUAACAAAUUUAAUUUCAAGUAAAGGCACAACCUGAUGACUUUCUAAAACAUUUCUCAUAAAUUUGAUUUCAACUUUCACAAAAUGUAAAAACAAAAAGUUGUGGGUUUACUUGUCCUUUUAAGAA